AUGACAACAACCGUUCAUCACACAACGAAAAAGAAUCCAUCGUCAUCACCAAAAAAUAUUUAUUUUGCAAGCUGCCGUACUGACUUUCUCAAAUUGGUCGAACAAGCACAUGGAUUAAAUGUCUCGCGUUUGUUAGGAGACCUUGAUAUCGAUUCAGCUCAAUGUUUGAUUGCAGUUGAUGUUAUUUCAGUAAUUCAAUCUGACACAAAAUUUAUGAGUUUUGAAAGUCGGGAGUAUGUGUUCGAAAAUGGUACGAACAAUCUUCGUAAGGCGGUGAAGAUCAAUCUUGAGCGUUUUGUUCAACAAAUGAAAGAGGUAGCUGGUCAAGUUUGUGAUGGAAAACGUCCACGAUCAACGGAGGAUGACAGUUUAUCUUCUUCAUCGUCAAAUGCCUUUGCAGAACCGUCAAAACGAAAGAAGAUAAUUGUUGCACGAAAGAUUAAGCAUCGUACAGGAUCCUCUCGAAGUGACGGCGUUUAUGGCAUUCGGCCACCAAUUUUCUUCAAAAAUUUGAGUAGUGAAGAGCAACUCGAGCAUAACAUGACCACUGCUAUACGAAUUGACCAUUUUCUGACACAAUACUGCUGUAUUCAAACAAAGGAUCUCACAAAAACAAAAGUAAUUUUGCUUCACGAUUUUAAAGUUCAUGAAGAACAACUCUAUGAGAUGUUCAUGUACUUACGCAACUCAUUUGGAGAUGCAGUGAAGGAAAAUAUCGACAAAAAUAAUCUUACCGCUUCGCUUGUAAAAAUGCUUAGUGGAUUUAAGCCAAUUGGAUAUAAUCAAACGUAA